AGAUACGGAUACUCAUCGCCGAUUCAAACGUCAUCAUCCCCUUAAAAAGGGAAGGAAGUCUCCAAACAGUUUGGUUGUGGACCGUUGGUCACUGUUAUCCACUAACAAACACCGCGCAAACUGUCCGCCAAACUUGUUAGCGCAACUGUUUGGGAACCUCAACGGCUCCAACCGGCCAACCCACCCGUUUGUCCACUUCGUGAGAUGGAAAGAGCCCCUCUGUGCCACUCAGCGAGGCCAGAACCACCAAAUUAAAUAAGCCGAUCAGCUCCCACCACUCAAGCAACUUCCAAUCCUCCUCCACCACUUUCUCGCAACCCCAGCACUGCAACACAGACCUACACUCGACGCAGAAGACUUCACAGACACCGACAACGAAAGUGAAUGUGACGCCAGCCAACAACAACACAGCAGCUUCACCCGCACAACCAGCUACGGCUACAGCAGCGAAGAAGCACCAGACAGCACCAUGAGCACCACGGACCAGCAGCAACUUCCCUCCCGUGAGGAGCUCCAGCAGCGUGCUGUUGAGGGCCACCCCAUCACCACGGACGAGGUCUCGAAGAUCGCCAAGACGGAGGCCGAGCUGACGGACGGUCGUGGACCUAUCGCCGGCGGAGUUGCCGCGACGGCCCAGAGCUUGAAGGCCAAGCAGGAGCACUUUAUUGAGGUGGCCAGCGAGGUGUCUCACAAGCCCGUCAACGAGAUUACCAAGGAGGAUGCCGCUGCUGUUGAGAGCGCCGAGGCACGUCUCCUCGGUCACCGCCCCCCAAAGGGCUCGACUGCCGCUACGAUCCAGUCGAUCGCGGACAAGAACGAAAGACUCAUGUCCGAGACCAAGAUGGAGCCCGAAACCAAGACGGAGUCCGAAACCAAGACGGGGUCCGAAACCAAGACGGGGUCCGAGACCAAGACGGAGUCCUAAUCGGUUGGGAUUCGUUCGAAGUUUGCCAUGAUGAUUACGACGACAUGGUUUGCACAUUUAGGCAUGGAGUUAUGGAGGAUAGGCUUUGCGAGAGGUUACACAAGAGACAUGUCAUAUGGACACUGACGGAAAAGUCUUGGGUGGGAAGAACUUGAUUGAUUUAAAUAAUGCUAGACUUUAUAUCUGAUGUUUGCAAACGCACGUCAACUUCACGUAGUACAACACAAAGAAUAAAAAAAAAACACAUAUUUGAC